CUCGACUCCACCCUAGAGUGGCUAGCUCCAUGAGAGCCUUCAUCACCAGGCGUACUACUAGAUGCAAGACCAUUGAUCCAGACUAAUAGACCUCGUCACUAACACAGCAUGCUAUCACUUCCUCUCGCCAAACUCUCCGUGGCUGAAGAUGCUGACCCGGCAAAGCAAAAGUUCACCUGGAAGCAUGAACAACAUGAUCUCACCUUCGUCCUCGACAGCUAUGGUGCCCAUCGCGCUUCUCAGCUUCUCAAAGUGGUACAGGGCACACAAAUUCGGCAAGUGGUCGAGCUCGAGCUCUUGAUCAACGAAGGUGAUGAAAUGGCACAGUCAAUGCGGGACCGUGGAAUUGAACUGAAGGCCGAACAGCUGCCAAUAUCUGCAAUUGUUCGCUGCCCCCUACUGGCUAUCCGCUGGAAGCUGCCCAACAAGAUGGUCCGCCGUGCCCAGCUCAAGUUUAGGUCGAGCGAGGACUUUGACACCGCUUAUAAUCAUCUCUACCAGCUUGGUCUGCGAAUGAGCUCCUCCAGCGAAAGUCAGGCCCAGACUCAAUCACCGACCCCUUCACCAGAGCGCGAUUCAAUAUCACAAACCAAGGCUAGCUCAUUAGCCGGGGCACAUCUUUGCCAGUCUGCCAGUGGAGCAUUAACCUGCCCUCCGUCAAGGCUAUCAGAGAUCUCCAACCGGCCCUGCACGACCAACAAUGCACUCACGUCGCUGGAGUCUCAAAAACAGGAGUCCGCUCAUCUGCAUCCCAUGUCUGCAUACGCGGGCUAUAUUACUGAUCCCAGCACUACUGGAGCGUACCGUGACCCUCUUGCGCCACCGGUGUACUUUACUCGACCGACAUCAGCCACUUCAGACAUAUUGGGUCACACAAUCAACAACUCGGUCUUUCCACUACAGGACCGACCUAUGCCAACCAUUGAAGAAUUUCCAAGACACUCUGAAGCGCGCCCAGAAACUGCCAUGUUUUACAGUCGCCCCAACACAGCUGAGUCGAUUCUACCGCCUAGGCGAGAACUUCCCUUUCCGCGCUUAUCUUUCCCACUAUCGUCCGGAAGCGAUAGCGUUCGAAUUGCUAGCCGACCUUCAACUGGUCUAAUGGGUCCGCCUCCUCUGCCGGCACGCGUGGCUAGUCUACGACCAAGCUCCAGUCCAAGCCAGCACACCGAACUUCCUCCUCUGCCACGGCCUACGGUUAUCGAUAAAUCUACACCUGAGAUGCAAGCGACACAGCAACCUCCUCGCACACCAAAUCAGGAAUACGCCACACUGAUGGGAACCAAAAUUCCACCCUUUGAGGAGCGCGAGAACCAGCACUUUCUAAGCUCGUCACCAGCUUCUUCGCCGCUGUUGGUCAAGAGGUCAAGCUCCAAUGCUCAUCCAUCGUCGCGACUGCUUAAAACACUCAGUAUCCCCGCCCAAAAUGCCCGUCGGAUCAUAUCGCAGAGUACUCCUACCACCCCUCCUACAUCCGGAGCGACUUAUCCGUCACCCAUUGUCUCCCAAGGUGCUUCAGGCUCCGCGAACAAUCAUGACGACAGCCUUGCAACGUACGUAAUGCAGGCUGAUGACGACCGAAGGGCUACUUUGAAUGAGUUCAUUUUCCGGCAUCUUGAGAGUGAUGACUUUCUAACCCUAGUUGAAGACAUGGAGACUUGUUGGGCUAGGGUCGCACUUGGUAUGCAAUGAGCUGCGGCAAUUGAAGGUAUCGAUGCACAUUAUAUGGUGAUGAAGUGCUGUGCAAAACGAGGAGGGUCCUUGAAUUCCUGCCACGUAUCACCUCAUGACCGGAAACGAACCGCAAACACAUACAACUUAUAUUAGCUAUAUGAAUCAAGAU